AUGAAAUCACUCUUCUUCUUCACUAUUUACGCUGCUUCUGGCUUCAAUUAUGCCAAAGCGGCAGAGAAACCCAGCGCCAAAAGCCCCAUUCUCCAUCUCAGUAAAGAUGAAAACUUCAACUUCGAUAUCCUCACUGGUCUGGGCCAAGCGCACAAUGAUGGUGCAGAUAUCAAUCCUGUUCUUUCUGUUGCAAAGGAUAUUAUCCCAGGUGAUUUCGAAAGCUACAGUAAAACCUGGUUUGAGCUCGCCAAUAUGACCAAGGCUCAAGCUAUGGAUCCUGAAAUCGCCUAUGAUCCCGUCAACGUGAGGGCUACAUGGUUCUCGACUGCAAAUUAUUUUCGUCGAGCUGAUGUGUACAAUCGGGCUGACUGGGAUGAUCCACGAAUCAAUGACUACUGGGACGAGCAGAGAUCUGCUUUUGACAAAGCUCUCGCUGCUCUUCCUGUUCCAGGCGAAAGAGUCGAACUUCCUUCUGAUUCUUUCAACAUCUCGGGAAUCUGGUAUUCUCAGCCUCAUACAAAUAACAGCACCAAGAAGCACCCCACACUUAUCCUCACCCAAGGCUUUGAUGCUGCUCAAGAGGAUCUCUACUCUACCAUUGUAGCUCCUGGACUUGCCCGCGGCUACAACAUCUUCUCGUUUGAAGGUCCUGGUCAGCCAACUCCCCGCAGAGAGCAAGGUGUGGGAUUUAUUCCUGACUGGGAACGCACCGUGACACCUGCAGUGGACUAUCUUCUCACAGAGAAGGCUGCUUUCGUGGACCCUAAAAAGCUGACAUUGUAUGGCCAUUCUUUUGGUGGCUAUCUUGCGGCUCGUGCAGCUGUUUUUGAGCCGCGCCUUUCAGCACUCAUGCUCAAUGGUGGUGUCUUGGACGGGUAUCAGGCAUACACCAACUUCCUACCCCCGAAGCUGCUCAAGAUACUUGAAUCUGGCCAGAAAGAAGCUUUUGAUAAGGCUAUGAACGACUUGCUACACGACCCAGAUGCGUCUACCGAUCUCAAAUGGGGUAUGCUUCAGGCCAAAUGGGCUUUCAAGACCGACUCAAUCUACGAUUUUUUCCAAAUGACAAAAGAGUACACUCUAAAGGGUGGCUUGUUGGACCGUAUCAAGAUCCCUGUCUGGCUUGCCGAUGGCGAAUACGAAACUCUUAUGGCAGGCCAAUCUCAGCUCGUCAAGGACAACCUGGGAGACAACGCGGAACUGCACUUCUUCAACGGUACUGCUGGAUUUCAUUGUCAGACUGGAGCCACCCAAGAACUGGCCAGAGUUCUGUUUGCCUGGUUGAAUAAAGUCUUGGGUUCUUGA